CUCAACGAUAGCAGUUAUUCAGAAAGAGAGUCACUUCUGAUAAAGAAGCAGUCCAAAUGGAUGGAAAACAAUCCAAGUAAAAAGAUACUCAACAGUUUGCUCUCUCUGCUUCACUGCUGGUAAAUCAAUCAGUUUUUCAAAUUUAAUACCUUCAUCCAGUACCAAGCUGUUCCUCCAGUAACAGCAGUGACACCAACAGAAUUUAACCGUUUCAUGCAUUGGGUUUACUCAAUGGUUUUCUUAUGAUCCAAAGUUUUCAUCACUUACAUCCCCAUCGAGCUUAAAUGCUCAUCUGUUGGACAGAAAUAAGGCGACACAAUCUUAAAGAGUGACCCGGACCAGUCGAUGUGACACAAACACAGCGUGUAGUGAGUUAAAACUAGUUUCCUUUUCUUACUCAGCAGUAUGCUGGCAGCUUAAUAAAAGUGGAUGGAAAAUUUUCCUUCUCAGAUGUACACCAGAUCUCAGCCUAGCAGACAGCUCUGUCCUCCUCUCUUCAGCCACUGAGGCACAAUGAUACCAUUAAGGAUUUUAAUUUUCACAUAUGUAAUGCUCCCAUGGAUAGUGUCUUCUGCAGCAAAGGGUGAAUACAUGGAAGCAAGAACACCUGCAAAAGCUACGGUACGUGCGUCGGACUAUGGCAUCCUGCAAGACACAGAUACUGAUGGUGGAGUACCUUCAAAAGCAGAAGUUUUGCCAACAUGUCUACUGUGCGUUUGUCUGAGUGGAUCAGUUUACUGCGAGGACGUGUCCCCUGACAUGUCAGCCGUGCCAACGCUGCCAAAGGAAACGGCGUAUCUCUAUGCUCGCUUCAACAAAAUCACAAAAAUACACAGGGAAGACUUUGCAGACACGGCUACUUUAAGAAGAAUCGACUUGUCUGGGAAUCUCAUCUCUGAGAUAGAAGACGGAUCUUUCUCCAAACUUCCCAAUCUUGAGGAGCUCAAACUUGCAGAAAACAGAUUGACCAAACUUCCCAUGCUGCCAUCCAAGCUAGUAACUUUUAAUGCAAAUUUCAACAGGCUUAAAACCCAGGGUGUAAAGGCAAAUGCUUUUAAAAAACUCACGAGACUGGCAUACCUUUACCUUGGAGACAAUGAACUGACAGCCGUCCCCCAUCUUCCAGAGUCUCUUUACGUUGUUCAUCUGCAUAACAACAACAUCUCAACAAUAACAGAUGAGACAUUCUGCAAAGGAAACACAAGCCACUACAUUCGGACCAACAUGUACGAGGUGAGACUGGAUGGGAACCCUCUGAAGCUGUCGGAGCACCCUAACAGCUUCAUCUGUCUGCAGUCUCUCCCUAUUGGCUGGUACAAGUGAAACACAAAAGGAAACUGAGGCAGACUUUGUGAAUCAGUUCUAGAGCCCGACCAAUAUAGGAUUUUUAAAACCGAUACCAAUAUUUGAAUAUUUAAAAAUCUGAUAUAUCGGCCGAUAUUUUUUUUCCUUUUGGGCAGACAAAACAAAGAUUUCCCUGGCAUUUCUUAUAUCUAGUUAUUCAUGAGUCCGUACUAAGGUAAUGUGACAAAGUUGUGGAUUUACACUCUGCCCGACUCCGUUCAAAUCAGCUGGCUGUUGUGUUCAUCGCAUUUCGAACAUAUGCUGCCAACAGGAAAGUUGCGGUGUGUCCUCUGAUGGCCAAGCUAUGCAACAUCAUAAUGCCUCUUCUUUACUUGUUAAUGAAAUCGUUAUGGACGUAUCUGCAGAUAGCCAAUAUCGGCUGAUAAUAUCGGCUGGCCGAUAUAUCGGUCGGGCUCUAGUGAGUUCUUGGUAAAGUGAAGGAGAGUGGGAUUAAGAUGCACAGUUAGUGCACUGAAAAAAAUAGAAAUAAUGAAAAAUAAAGUUCUUAAGUGACAUUUUUAUAGUGAGAUAUAUAUAUAUAUAUCACACAGUUGAAAACUUACAUAAUUAGAAAUCUUUUAUAACAAAAAGAUUUGAUCGACAAAUGAAACAGUGUGUUUUUUGUUUAAAAGCAAUAUCCAAAAUAAAAACACCUUUAGUCAUUUUUUUUAGUUGGUACAUGGCAAAGAUGGUUUCUCUUUUUUAAUUUUUUUAUAUGAGGCAUUACAAUGAUGAGAUCUCAAUAUGGUUUUCACAAGCAAAUAAUGCCUUUGUCAAUAUUAUUUUCAUCUUUCUGAAACUGAUUCUUCUACCCUGUUGCUUUAUACUGCAGUGCUGCAAAUGAAGACUAUACAAAUAAUAAAA